CUCCUCUCACCGACCCUAUCCUACUAACUCAAAGCUGGAUCCCAGUCUGCUUCAGGCCUCAGGCUUUCUCGGCUCUUGGAUACCUGAAGCGCUACAUGUCAGUCUUUUGGCCGUCGAGACGACCGCCAGUCUGCUGGUUAGACAGGCUGUAGUUGAGUCGUCCAGUGGCCGGGCAUUUGGCGCUGAUACUCGUCUGCCGGGAGCAGCCAUAACAUUGAACACAACAGACGCCUUUGUUUCUUGGCUCCUUCACCCCUUUGGGAGGGUGCCUCUUAGACGAGAAGCGAACCAAUUGGUGUCCGUCGCUUCCACUCAGUGGCAGCAGCAGAGGUCGGUAGAGCGAAGAAAAUGGAAGCAGCAUUUGCGACGCCAUGGAAUAGCACAGGAGAAGGAGGAUGAGGAGAGUAGAGAAGACAUUAAUGGACCAGAUCAUUCCAGUGAUCUACAGAUGACACAACAACAACAAAUAAGUGAUGUA